UCCCCACGGUAUCGGUCAACCGUUACUCGUCCAAAAACCAGUUAGCUUCCAAGAAUUAUCACAACACACAAAUCCUACCCUUAAGAAUCACCACCAUCACCACCAACCACCACCACCACCAACGUCAUAUAAUGUCGUCUUCUCCGGUCGGUGUCGCCACCUCAGAUAACGGUUUUUCUGGUAGUUUAGCCUCGCCAUGUUGCACCAAUAACUCAAAGGAUUCCAUGGAGGAUUUAGUUGCUUUGAAGAUCAGCCUCUUGGGUGAUUAUCAUAUUGGAAAGACUAGUUUUUUGACAAAGUAUGUAGGAAAGGAGAAAGGGGAAGAAGGUUUUUCAAUAACAGGGUUAAACCAUAUGGACAAAACUCUGUGUGUUAGAGGUGCUAGGAUCUCCUAUAGCAUUUGGGAAGUCGAAGGUGACGUUUCUCAUAUUCCAGUAGCUUGUAAAGACUCAGUAGCAAUGUUGUUUAUGUUUGAUCUCACAAGUCGGUGUACGUUGAAUAGUGUCAUUAGCUGGUAUCAACACGCACGGAAAUGGAAUCAGACAGCCAUUCCAGUUCUAAUAGGGACCAAGUUUGAUGAUUUUGCCCAAUUACCAUUAGAUGUCCAAUGGACGAUAGCUUUACAGGCAAGAGCAUAUGCUAAGGCACUAAACGCAACCUUAUUCUUCUCAAGUGCAACCUACAAUAUAAAUGUGAAUAAGAUCUUCAAGUUCAUUACAGCCAAGAUCUUCAACUUACCAUGGACAUUGGAGCGUAAUCUCACCAUUGGAGAACCCAUUAUAGACUACUAGAUUUUCUUCCAUUUUUUUUUUGUAUUAAUUGAACCCCUCUUUUCCCAAAGAAGAAAACAAGAUAAAAAAAAACAUUUUGAAUGUAGAUAUGAGAAAAUUUGUAAAUCUCCUAGAAAAACAAAUGACUCUGCAUAGUCAACCGGUCACUGGAUCUUGUUAGUAUUGCUACGACCAGUGAAAAUUCGGGUUGACUUGGUAUGUCAUUUUGUAAAAUGGAGAAAUCUGGAUAACAUUUUUCUUGUUUUCUUUCUACUGCACUAUGACGUUUACAAUUUUUUUAA